CCCGCGUGGUCUUUACGCUUUAAGUAUCAGCGGCUAACACACGAAAUUCCUUGUUGUCAUCACACCCCGAGAAGCUAUGGGUCACGUACAACCAAUAUACCUCUGGUGGUGUUGCUAUUGUGAACAUGGUGGAAUGAAUGCUUCCACCACCCCGGCCUGCGUCAACUGUGGUGUAGUACGUUGUGGAGGCUGCACAGUAGAAGUUUAUAAACUAAGAGGUGGAGGUGGUGGAUCUCGGCGGCGCGCGACAAAAUUGGCAUCUGCCAAAGAAAGGAUUCGUGUUCCAGUCGCGGCUGGAGCCAGCACGGCGAAUUCCAGGCAGCUGGAGAGUAGCAGUCAUACUUCUGCUACCCCAACUACUAGUGGAGCAGCCAAAUCCAGGGAGGACGCUAACCACCCUGGUGUUUUGGAAGCCAGGAACCAAGCCCGCGAGGCCGAGGCCGACACUGUGUCAAACGAGGAUCCACCUGCCGAGCAGGUCUCGGGAAGUUCUGGUGAACGAGGAGUACCACAGUCUUGGGAUCUAAUGAGAGACCUUUUGGACGUCAAAGGAAAAGCGACUUACCAAGAACAAACACCAGCAACCAUAAAAACAGAUGUUUCGGAUUCGGCGAGUGUUGUUAGCACCUUCUCCUCAGCCACAACUCUUGUUGACCCAGGUGCGGUCGCAGCAUUUGCCGAAAGCCUUACUAAGUUCCAGAGUUUGGGAUAUCUCUGGCCACAACUGGUUGAGCGCUGCGAUACAAAGCAAACAUUCAUCCAUGCUGCGAAAGGGCUCCUCAAACGGUACGCGAACGAUCUGACCCUCGUUGGUGGGGAAGGAAAGUCAAUGUCGGACAAGUCAAACAACAAGCUCCGCCUCACCGCUGUGAAAUUUAUUCGCAAAUCACGAACUCACAUCGCACGGAAGAUCUGGGAGGCACAGGCUGAGGAAGGGGUAAAACCGGGCGAAAUAGGACCCGUGGGUCAUCACCUGCACACCGAAAUUCCUUCCAUGGAGCUCGACGAAGACGACUUUGACGACGUGUUGUUCGACACAAUAGAGGAAAUUCUUUUCGACCAAGGCCCAAUUUUCUCCCUGCAAGCGAACAUCAAGGUCCUGAUCAGUCGUUGGAAUCCAAUGGAGACCAGCACCAUCUACCGCUUUUCGAGUUCUAUAAACACGUCUGUCAAGAACACAAUAUCGUCGCUGCGCGAGCCUUUGGUAUCACCUGGCGAUGUUAGAUUGCGAUAUACAUGCAGAUGCGGACGUAAACUGUAUGACGACUUCAAUGAAGCCCAGAUGCAGUCAGGCGCACUCACCAACCUUGGAAAUCUCCUGGCCAGCUACUUCGGCGGACACCCAGUCACCAUUGAACCGGGAGACUUUGAGGAAUCAAAUACACCAGACACCUCCCGUGGUAGUCGCAAUAUGGCAAGUCGAAUGAACCUGUGGGAAUAUUUCCUGAAUCGCCGCCAACGGGAUCCCCGCCUCCCAUGGACAAGACAGAACGCAGGAGACACAGAACUGCGGAUCUGCUCCCGUACAACAGCAAACAGGCAGGACAACCACACCCGUGUUUUGUUAUGCCUUCCCUUCAUGCGGUGGGCAAAGAAGCUGUAUCAAAUCGACACGUGUAAUGUGCGAUCGGAUCAGAGUUUCUUCUUGUCGCUGCGAGAACAAUACUCACUCGCGUGUCGAUCAAGGAGAUGGUCAUCUCUUACGCGGCCUCGUCGGGUUGUUUCGAUGGAGUUUGUCAAGUUCGAGGUUUACAAGAACGAGCUAAUUGACGUACACGACUGCCCGUCUGUGCCAGACCGAGAUGACCAAGACCAGGCAAAGAUGAAUUACACCUACAACCCCCUGCCGGCCGAGCUGAAUCCACCGAUCGGGACCAACCUUCUGAUGCACCUGUACCAAAACCCCACACAUGCCGACGUGGAGCCAUUUAUGUACAGGAAGAUCCCAAAGAAGCUCGGUGAUAGGCUGGCAGCAUGCCCUGACAAGGGCAGCGCCGUUGGGUGGGGGGUGCGAUUCACCGAAGGGGUGGACUGGUCGGUGUUGUUUUGCUAUGGGUGUGUUGGCUUCUUAUUUGCGCUGGUGUUCGCUAUGGCCUGGUCGAUUGCACGUGGUGACAUCCAGAGUGGCUUUGCCGUGGGGAGCUUUAUGGUGGCUUUUGUGAUAUUCUGCCUUGGGAUUGCUCAGACGGAAGUACAACUGGGGAUAUAACCUGCGGACCCCGUCUGAUACGAACUGCAGGCAAGAAGAGCUCCGCUGUGCUGCGCAGAUACACGAAGUAGAGGGGGAAAUCCCUGAUUCAGUUUAUGUCUUUCGUUUGUCUAGUCUAUCAAGUUACUUCCAGAACACCCUCCCCUCCAUCAGCCGCCUCGCCGUCCUGAAAACAGUAGCCUUCUCAAGCUCCCCGUCCCCAUCAUACUCGGCAUCAACACGCAGCGUCCCACUCGCAUGGUGUAUGACCAGCCCGUCCUCCCCAGGCUCACCACUCACGCACUCAGAGACAACACUCCCAGGCAGCUUGGCCGCAGCCGCAAGAGCAAGUGCGACCGUGACGGGGAUCGCCUUGUGCGGCUGGCCCACCGACAUCGCGCGCGCAACAACACUUUCCCCCUUCCCCUUCCCUUCCUCCUCGCAAGGAGAAAC